ACGGGCCAUACAUCAAAACUGUAACAUGAAAGUUAUUAACUGAUAGCAGUCGCUAUCGACGACGUCAAUAUAACGCCGACAUUCCCACCAACUAAUACAAACAUGUUCACUCCCUGGAUCCGAAUCGCUCUCUUCAUAACCGCGGUUCUUGGAGGACUUUUCUUUACAGUUGGAAUUUUUGCACCCGGAUGGGAAAUAACGCACCAGGGAAUGACGUUAAAAGGAAUAUGGUUUAUACUUGCAUGUGGGAAAAAGACUAGCAGUUGUGAAUACCUUACGUACUUAGAAAAAUACAAUCAAGACAAAAGUAGUUCACAUUUUUCCUGGGUAAAUGAGUACGAGUAUAGUACGGCGGUAGGUAACCAGGUUCUCGCCAUUAUCUCCCUCCUGUCGCUGUACCUCGGGCUAUUCCUGGCCCUCGUCGUUACUGGGGUCCAACGUCUGGCUAAUAUCGCGGGCUUCAUAGCCGCACCAUGCUUUCUAACAUCAGCCGCCCUGAUAUGGACACACAUAGGACAAGAGUCUGCUGCUAUUAGUGCCAAGAAUCGAAUCCACUCCCUGGAAGUGAGUCCGGAGCACCAACUGACCCCGUACUCCAUGGUUCUGUGUGGGUUUGGCUCCAUCAUGACAGUGGGCGUGGCCCUAGCGUAUCUCAUUGCGUCUGUUAGAUAUCUUAUGCGAAUUCCAAUUGAAAAAUAUCAACAAUUUUAAUGUAAUUAGUUCAUAGAGUAUAUAGCGCAUGGAUAAUUAUCAGCUUCAUCAAGUCUUCACAAAUAGAAAAAAAAUAUUGUUCAUAAUUUUACAUUUUUAGUCGAUCACUUUUUUCAACUUAGGUAAACAUGUAGACAGUGGAUUUGUACACUAUACAAAGCUUGCAGAAUUGAUACAAAUGUUGCUAGAAUGUACAUGUACGUUAUAUGUUAUGUAUAGAAAAGUACAUUUAUAGGCCCGUGUCGAUAUUUGUUUGUAGUUGUCAAACAUUAUUUCGUUAACAAAUCUGUAUCGGUACUACUCAGCAGUAGGCGCAUAUAUAGUACUAUAUCGUUCAAGUUUUGAAGGAAAUUUGAUAUUUACAAAAUUUGUUGAUAAGCUAUUUUUGAAAAAUCUAUAUCAACCAUGACAACGCAUUGUUUUCUGUGAUUAUCUCUAUCAUCUCCCUUUGUCCUCCUUUCAAACUGCACAAUUCUUUUACUUAUGCUUGGGUACAAAGCUUCCAUGUAAUUUUAUUCUGUCAAUAGGACUAAUAUGAACCGCUUAGAUCAUGCUUAUGUUUAAAAAAAAAAUUGCAUUAUGUAAAAUCAUUUAGCUUUCAUGAAACCAUCUACAAAAUAAAUAUUAUUAUCCAUUUGAACAAUG